CGCCUACCUCCCAUAUGCUCGCCCAGCAAUCUCUGGGGGCAUCCGUAUGUCUUCGGUGCCGACUUGUACUCGCGCGACGGCGCGUCGGAACGCAUUCACUUCCGUCGACAUUCCCCGCGCGCUCUUUCAGCGCCACGAUCCGCGACCGAGACGCGUUCGACAGGGCGGAAAAGCUGCCAUUUAUUCGCAAAGUCGAUACGACCACCACCCGCAAAGGCCGAAAUGCCUCCGAUCAAGAUGCUCCCGAUCACAAUGGUUCCGAUCAAAAUCGCGAAAGGGUUCGCGGUCGGAAAGGGAAGAGGGUGAAGGAGACGUCUGCGCCAUUGCAAAAGCUUCGUCUCGGGACUCAGUCGGAGGUUUUGAUUUUGAGGGAUGUCUUGGACAAUACACCCAAUGCGACGCAGAUUGAGGAAGAGGAGGUUGAGAAGCUGUCGCAGGAGAAGAGGAGAGAGAUUUACGAUGGACUCCGGAAAGCCAUUGAACGCGAAAGGGCCGUGUCUGGACAAGAAGAAGUCAAUGAGCAGAUUGAAAUGCUGCGACCAAGUGUUUAUGACCGGUCCAUGACGCGAGAGCAGAUGAACAAGAUUAAAAAGGCUCUAAAGCUGGCAUUCAACAUUCCUCAACUGAGGCGAUAUGCUGCGAUUGUUCAAGGCUCGGUCAAGUUGGACGCAUUUGACACGAGCGGAGAUGCGAUUCAUUUGAAGACACAGAUCAAGAAGUCGGGUUGGCGACAAGGCUUGACCAAGAUUACGGAGAGAUUGCCGGAGAUGGAAGAGGUUCUUCCCGUGCUUGAAAAGUCGACAAAGGCGCAAUUACUGGACCGGAUAAUCAGGCAUGUUUGGGACGUUUCCAUUGUCGAGGAACAAGAAGCCGUGGGAGAAAUGGAAUUGCAGAUUGAGCCGUGGCAGUUGAGGCUCCUCAGCGAACGCAGAGACAAACAAUCGCGUCUGGACAUGAUCGGAUCACGCUGCGUCGCUACUUUGGAUGUCUACGGUCCCGACAGUGUUGUUCGCAUUAUAGGGAAUAGAGAAAGCGCCGACCGAGCCGCGACAGAGGUUGAAGCCUCGAUUGAGAACAUGGAUCAAUUUUCCGUGUCUCUAAAACCAUUUGCAUCAAUGGUGGAGAGUUUGGAGGAUUUGUUUACACCGAGACAGAUUGAGAUUGUUUCAAGGUUGAGCGGUACAAUCAUUUCGAACAUGGGAGAUGCGCUUUUGAUUCAAUCUUUGGACAAGUCCAUAUCCAAGGAUGCACAGCGCAUGCUUCUAGCCAUGCUGGAUUUACCCUCGCGGGCAGAGGGUACAGUCUUGGCCAAAGAUGAAGGUGAAGGCGUUCUUCAGGUUGUUACUGGGACAGCUUUGCCAUUCCGACAAAGAGACAAGGGAUAUGGACGUCUCGCAUUUCCAGUUGCACGCGAAUUGAUUUCCGAGAACAAGCAAGACGAGCAUGAUGAGCAAGACGAAGCAUUUAUGAAGCGGAUAACUUCGAGCAUAAUGAAAUGGAACGGACCACGUCGACCUGAGAGAGAAGAGGGGUUACAAGAGUUUGAAGAGCCGGAGGUUGAAGAGGAUACGGUGAAAUCUGCCUGGAGCGACAGUUCAAUUACGGAAAUUUUUGCCGAAUAUGGCAACAUCUUGCAUCCUCCGGUUGAGAUGGGUUCGUCUUUGUCUUCGGUGCCAGUAUCGAGUCUGGUUUCCGAUACGGAUAGGGAGCCUCGGACGUUUUUGCAUACCCUACCUGGAUUCAGUCCACUACUCAAGGAAAUCUCGACCUAUGCGCGUGCGUCGAAGAAUAGUUUCGACGCUCAAGCUCGGAUUCCUCACGGUCUUUUGUUCCGGUUUAUACCUUCACCAUGGCAAGCCGAAGACAUUUCGGUGGUCAAGGAUCUUCCUGUUGCCGACAUGCGGAUAGUGGUGGAUCAAAACGGGAAUCCUAAAUUUCAAGGAUUGAGCCUGACAUUGAAAGAGCGUACCACCGAGGUUCUUCUUCCUUCCAAGGCUGUCGAUGUACGCUUUGAGAGACGAGAGUCUCUUUGGAGGGAGAGCACAUUUGCCGACAAGGCCAUUAGGAGUUAUCUCUACACCAUCAAGAUGGGACAAGGAACGGACAGAAAGAUUCGCGCCCUGCCAUUCCUCAAACUUUCCAUUCCCGCCUGGACCGUCAACAAUCCGGAAAAAUGGAGCGAGAAAUUUCUUAUGAGGCAAACACCACGCGGCGAAGAGUUCCGGGUGAAUUAUCUGCUUUAUGGCAUUGAGCAUAGGCAGAUUAUUCGCUUUGACCAACCCAAUGACGAGUACAGGGUGACGUAUAGUUCUGUCGAGGCGGGCAAGGUUCGUGGAAGGAGAGGAGAGUUGCGCUUGAGAUUCAAGACGCCCGAGCAGACGCCUACGACGGAUGAUUUAACGGCAGAGUUGGAGGAGAGGGUGCAGAGGUUGGUGGAGAAGGGUUUGGCCAUGGCGAAUACCAUUGAUGAUGCGGCGAAUAAUCGUUUGACCUCGGUGCCCGUCAUUCGGAGGUAUACGCCGGCGAAUCAGAUGUAUGAUGGGGUGAAGCGGAUUACGGGUGCAGAGUUGGAAGCGUCGAGGGAGGGUGUGGAGAGUGAGGGUGUGGAUGGUGUGGAGGGUGUGGAUGAUUUGGAUGCUCAAGAGGUGGAUGCUCAGGAUGCUCAGGAUGUUCCUCAAGUCGAGGAAGACGUCGAGGUCAUGGAGGCUCAAGAUGUGAAUGCAAUGGGAAAUGCACAGGACAUGGUAGAAAUUCCUGACGAGGUCGAGGAUGCCUCUGAGGUCCAGGACGCACUUUCGGAUCUUGAACAAAAAGGCAAGGACUAAUAAAGCCACGGUUGGUGUUUGGCGCCUGGUACUUAGACUUGUAUAUUAGACUUAAAUGAUAAGACGUGGC